AAUUUCAAGAACCCUAUGCUGUUGUAGUGCUUCUGGAGAAAGAUCUCAUUGUAGUUGAUCUGACACAAAGCAAUUUUCCAAUCUUUGAAAAUCCAUAUCCCAUGGACAUUCAUGAAUCUCCAGUUACAUGCACUGCAUACUUUGCUGAUUGCCCUCCUGAUUUGAUUCUAGUACUCUAUUCUAUAGGAGUCAAGCAUAAAAAGCAAGGAUACAGUAAUAAGGAGUGGCCAAUCAGUGGAGGAGCGUGGAACCUUGGAGCACAAACAUAUCCAGAAAUUAUUAUUACUGGUCAUGCAGAUGGAUCAGUAAAAUUUUGGGAUGCUUCUGCAAUAACUCUGCAGAUGCUGUACAAGCUAAAAACUUCAAAAGUAUUUGAAAAACAGAAGACAGGAGAAGGAAAACAAACAUGUGAAAUUGUAGAGGAAGACCCAUUUGCCAUUCAGAUGAUUUACUGGUGUCCAGAGAGCAGAAUAUUCUGUGUAUCAGGAGUCUCUGCAUAUGUAAUAAUUUAUAAAUUCAGCAGACAUGAAAUUACCACAGAAAUAGUGUCAUUGGACGUACGACUUCAGUAUGAUGUUGAAGAUAUUAUUACCCCUGAACCAGAAACAAGCCCUCCGUUUCCAGAUCUUUCAUCCCAGCUUCCUUCAAGGAGUCUUUCCGGGAGCACUAACACUGUGGCUAGUGAAGGAGUAACAAAGGACAGUAUCCCAUGCCUCAACGUUAAGACACGACCAGUGCGGAUGCCUCCUGGGUAUCAAGCAGAACUUGUUAUUCAGUUGGUAUGGGUAGAUGGUGAACCUCCCCAGCAGAUUACUAGUCUUGCUGUAAGCUCAGCAUAUGGAAUAGUUGCAUUUGGGAACUGCAAUGGGUUGGCUGUGGUGGAUUUUAUACAGAAGACAGUACUGUUAAGCAUGGGGACCAUUGACCUAUAUAGAUCAAGUGACCUAUACCAGCGACAACCACGGUCUCCUCGAAAAAACAAGCAGUUUAUUACAGACAACUUUUGCAUGCGUGGGCUGUCUAACUUUUAUCCUGAUUUAACGAAACGGAUCCGUACUUCCUAUCAGAGUUUAACUGAGCUGAAUGACAAUCCAGUUCCUCCAGAACUUGAGCGCUGCAAAUCUCCCACUUCAGGACUUGCUACCAGAACUCCUGAGGCAGCACCAGGCUUUUAUAGGAAUGAAAUACCAGCUGUGAGACAGAGGAAUCAAGUACAUCACUUGCCAGACCAUGUAAAUGGACACUGCACAAGUCCAACUUCUCAGAGUUGCAGUUCUGGGAAACGUCUUUCUAGUGCUGAUGUUUCGAAAGUAAAUCGCUGGGGUCCUGGAAGACCUCCAUUUCGAAAGGCACAGUCAGCCGCUUGCAUGGAGAUUUCUUUACCAGUUACAACAGAAGAAAACCGAGAAAAUUCCUAUAAUCGUUCUAGAAGCUCUAGCAUCUCCAGUAUUGACAAAGAUUCCAAAGAAGCAAUUACAGCACUAUACUUCAUGGAAUCCUUUGCACGGAAAAAUGACUCUACCAUCUCCCCUUGUCUGUUUGUUGGAACUAGUCUGGGAAUGGUGUUAAUCAUCUCCUUAAACCUACCAUUAGCAGAUGAACAAAGAUUUACAGAGCCAGUCAUGGUAUUGCCAAGUGGUACAUUCCUCUCAUUGAAAGGAGCUGUACUAACGUUCUCCUGUAUGGACCGAACUGGCGGAUUAAUACAACCGCCAUAUGAAGUUUGGAGGGAUCCAAACAACAUAGAUGAAAAUGAAAAAUAUUGGAGAAGGAAACUGGUCAUGAACUCCUCCUCUGCAUCCCAAGAAAUAGGAGAUCAUCAGUAUACAAUAAUCUGCUCAGAAAAACAAGCCAAAGUCUUCUCGCUGCCUUCUCAGACUUGCCUUUAUGUUCAUAACAUCACCGAGACAUCUUUUAUACUGCAAGCAGAUGUGGUGGUCAUGUGUAACAGUGCCUGCUUGGCAUGCUUUUGUGCUAAUGGGCAUAUCAUGAUAAUGAGCCUACCUAGUCUUCGCCCAAUGUUGGAUGUUAAUUAUUUGCCACUGACAGACAUGAGGAUAGCACGGACAUUUUGUUUUACCAAUGAAGGACAGGCAUUAUACCUUGUCUCUCCUACUGAAAUUCAGCGAUUAACAUACAGCCAAGAAAUGUGUGAUAAUCUACAGGACAUGCUGGGAGAUUUGUUUACUCCCAUAGAGACUCCAGAAGCUCAAAAUAGAGGUUUUCUCAAGGGACUAUUUGGUGGAAGUGGACAAACAUUUGACAGAGAAGAGCUCUUUGGGGAAGCUUCAGCAGGAAAAGCAUCCCGAAGCCUUGCACAGCACAUUCCCGGACCAGGUGGUAUAGAAGGUAUGAAAGGUGCUGCUGGAGGGGUGAUGGGAGAGCUGACCCGUGCACGGAUCGCACUUGACGAGAGAGGACAGAGGCUAGGAGAGCUGGAAGAGAAAACUGCAGGCAUGAUGACCAGUGCGGAAGCAUUUUCCAAACAUGCACAUGAGUUAAUGCUGAAAUACAAGGAUAAGAAAUGGUACCAAUUCUAAACUGUUAAGGAAGCUGUGACUGCUUUGAGAAACCAUUAUUCAGGGAAACCAAAUUUAUUCCCAGCAUCACUAUUCAACUGCUAGAAGCCAGUUUCUUCUACAAAAUGUUUCAUUAUAGUCCAUCUGAAGUUAUCAUAAAGGAGACUUACCAGAGAUGCUGUACAACCCAAAGGCUGGAACCCUGGUUAAAAUCCCAAGAUAUGGCUGAUUUUGCCUUUUCCCAUGUGGAAUGGAGCUGUCAUCUUGGCAUGUCAUUUGCUAAGGAUUUACAUUUAGGAACUACGGGGAGUCCUUUUGAUUUGAAAAUUCCUGUACAAACAAAGGCAUUAAUGCACUUUAUGAAAAAAAAAUCUUUGCAUGAUAAAUUAACAUCUUAAGAGGGAAAGGAAAAAAAGCAUGUCAUGACAGAAGAAAAAAAGUUUUAUGGUAUUUUAUUUUUAUAAAUUGGGCCACACCCAACAAUUUAAAAA